AGCAGCACCAUGAACGCCAUCUGUCCUGCUCCGCUUCCGUGAAAUCCGACCCCAGUGUAAGUAUAUUUACCGUACACAAAAUUAGACUCUUACAGCCCUGAAUUUCUGCUGUCAGGCGUCGGACGGUGGUAGGUGAGAGUCGAUGGACUGUCAGUGAGAUUUUAGGAUGCGUGCAGGCUUAAAUCUGCGAGCGCCGACAGGCGAUUAUCCAUACUCCGUAUUACCGUAUGUUCAAAACACCUCUAUAAAUAAAACGGCCACACUUGUCAUGAUGAUUUCAUAUGGAUCAACGGGCAAUUGAUUAAACAAUGCAUUUAUGUUUGUUACAAUGCAAUAGCCUAACACGACACAGUCCGUAAUGACGAUUUACUACAAGCUUUUUUUAAUCGUUGCAAAAUACAAAAAUAUGGUACAUCAGUAAAAGGGUAAUAAGGUUGAUCAAUGAAUUGUAUGAAACUGAUUUUAAAGCCUGGAGUGUUUUCAUACAUACAGUGAUUGCAGCUGACCUUUAAUUUGGAAUAUUCAACAGUCGUUUACAUCGCUCGAGCCAAUCCGAGGAUGAGAUGGCAGUUACGUCAUCACCUUCAAGAAAUUUCUGCAGUCGUAAUGGUCCAUCAGAUUUUCAGCUGAGGGCAUUUUCGACACUAAAACGCAGACUGGGUUUACGGAGCAGAUGUGGCAGUUUGUGAUUUCCCAAAAAACGGACUUUUAUCUUCAUCCCCAGCGUUGAGCUAAGCGAGCGAAACAUGGGGGUUACUAUCCAAUCCGUGCUCGGGUAGGGGAGGAAGUGGGCGGGGUCUUUGGCCCGGGGAAGCCUCGAGCUGAUCUGUCAUUGGUUAAACUGUUAUGUUUUAAAUGUCUGGCGGUGUUACCAAACCUGAACGAACAGCGCUUGAAAGUAGCGUCGCAGCAUGUGUUUUUUGAGCUCUUUGUUUACGCUUACAGCCAAGUGUUUUUGCAACGUACAAGAUAUUUCAUGCAUCACAGACCUGCCGUUGGUGUGUAACAGCGCUAGCUUUUGAUAUAGUUUGAGUUUUUCAGCUUUGUGGUUCGUUGUUGGAUUUCACUUGGAUUUUAGUUUCCAAAGUGACAAGAUGGUGACCAAGAGGAUCCGCUCAGAGUACAUGAAGAAGUUCAAAGACCCGAAAUGGGAGACCUACACAAAGUGUUAUGAGGAGAUGCUGAGGUACAGGCUGACCCGCAGGCUGCUGGAGCACACACACAACCCCUGGUUCUGGAGUGGCUCCGACACUGAUUCAGACUCUGGGGGAAGGAGCCCCCUCCCACCCACUAAGAACCAGGUGCGGGCUGAGACCAGCAGGGACAGGACAGAGGCUGAGCUGGAGGAGUGUGAGGGGGCGAGGAUGGACAGAACCACAAGGGCUGUACCCAGGCUUCCCCUUCAAGAGGAGGAGGAGGAGGAGGAGGAGGAGGAUGUGUCAGCUCGACAUGCUGCAGUCCAUGGCUCACAGCUCCAAGGCGCCAGAGAGACAGGAGCACCAGAGGAGGAGAGAGAGGAGCAGAGAGCCAGCAGCAGAGGCAGCAAACAGCUGCCUGUCCCUCACAGGCAACAGGACAAAGAGAAAGACACCGGUGGACCACAGCAGAGUAAACCUUCCAAAUCCUCAAAACAACCUUUGCGUUCCCAGCGGGUCAGGCCUGCACCAGCGCGGCAGCCCAAGGAGGACAGUAAAGACAGCAGACAUCCUUUCGCUCUGUACGGUUCAGGAGAGAAGGACGCAGACAUCGCAGGCAGGAAGACACACAAUGUUGGCCCCGCAGCAUCGACGAAUGAGAUCCAUGAGUCUGCUCUGCGUGCUAAGACCAGGCGGGAGGUGGAGCGUCUGAUCCAGACCCAGAGGACAGAGCGCCGGAGAGCUAAGUCUGCCGAUCUGGACAAAGCCAGGAGGCUGGUUCAACCGGAGUUCAACCCCUGGCUCACUGAGUACAUGCGCUGCUUCUCUGCUCGCUCCCGAUAAGACACACACACUCAGCAGAGCUACUUCCAUCAAGGUGAUUCCAGAAAUAUAAAAACAAAGCCAUUAUUGCCCUUCAGCCCUGAACUUUAAACACAUGCAGAGUAGAGCAAGGGGCUCUAUAUGUAUCGUUGCUGCAUUCAGGAUGUGAACUGACAAAAACUUUAAAAUUCACAGUGUGGCUUAGUGUUUUUUAUAUAAAUCAAUUUUGAUAUAUACAGUAAGAAACAUUUUACAGGGUAGAGGUGAGUCUUGAAAGAAAUCAUUUGAAAGUAAAUUUAUAAUGAAUGGACACGUCUGCUGUAUACAGAUAUUUUGAUGAGAAUGAGGGGUGUAAAAUGCAGCCAUACUUUGAUGCAGUCCCUUUAAACACAGUCUACAUGAAAUGUGUCCAUAUUCUUAAAACAGGGAUCAAAGCACCGUGAACUCUUGCAGGGGUACGCGGCCGCAUGUCUGAAUAGAUUCAGCUGCUUUUAUAAAACAAAAAACUUAAGUUAAAAUGUAACACCACUUACAUGAAGAAUGUACAUACACCUGCAGCUUUCAAUGUGGAUAGGCAUUUUCUUUUAAGUAGUGACUGACAUAUAUAAUUAUGUCUCUUUAAGACUUUUACAGAUUUUCAGAUCACUCAAACUGGCUCUUGUUGAUUGAAUGGUUUAUGUAACGAUUUAUGGUCUGAUCCCGACUGACUUAGUUAGGAAAAAAUAGUGAAUCACACUCUGUACUCACAGUAAAACUCUGUGUAAAAUCACAGUUUAGUGAUGCAGCAGUUGCAUUUCCUCAUGAGCUCAUCAGCACUUCAACAACAUUUGUUUUUGUUGUUUGGUUAAUGUCUGUGUACCUGGUGCUAUUGCAGUGUGAAAACAGAUGAAUCUGACUUUUAAAGCCAUUGGAUGACUGUGAACAGUGUGUUUCUGUUGAAUUCACUGGUCAUGGGACUCUUUCCACCAGAAAGAUGUUAUGUUAAAAAUGACAAUGAUGAUUUAGGUUAUUUUCAUAUAUAAGUUUAUUGUUGAGGCCAAUUUUUUCAUCACCAUUAUCCCUGAUCAUGCUUUAGAACCAAAAGUGGCACCAUAACAACAAUGGACAUUAAGCUGAUGCCUAACUUACCUUUCAGUUACAUUUUAUUUCAGUCAGAAAUAAAAGAGUACAUAUUACAUUACUGCUCACUGGUUGAAGCAGCAUACACUCUAAAGCAUGACCAAAUCAAACAUCUCUUUGAGCUAUUUGUGCAGAAUGUCUUACUGUAAUACCUGUGAUUGAUUCAUAUGUUGAAUCUGUAUAUUUGUUUUGUAUGUUUAUGUGAAUGUAUUGAACGUCGGAGCGUGUUCCACACAAGAACACAAAAAUGGACUUUGACUCUUUUGUGUAAUGGGUCUGGUCUUUCCACCACAUUGGGCUUUGUCAUGAAAACUGUCCCUCCUGGUUUCCUUGUGUCACCAGUCUUCAGUUUUGUUUUCUCUUUACAACCAUAAUUAGUGAUGUUAAUAUUGUGCAGAAAAAGGUGGGAUGAUAGGAUGCCUGUUCUCUACAUUUGGAUAUUUGAUAUUUGUUUUAAGUAUUUGUUUUGUUGUUGAAACUCUGUGUUCAGUAUUACAUUACUUGCUUUUGUACUGAUUUAGUUUUUCAGUGUUUUUAAGCGAUACUGCAAUAUAGUUCCAGGAACAGAUGUGAUAUUUUGUGCAAUAUUAUGCUUUAAAUAUUUAAAAGUUAGAUGUGGUGAACUUUGACAAUCUCAGAAAGCAGGACUGAAGCAAGAUAGUUUCUAAUUCUGCAUUAGUUAGUUAAUUAGACCAAACUUCAUUGUUAAGAUCCUCUUUUUACUGUAUACAAACUAUUUCAUGUUUGAUGAGAAGUUCCUAUACUUGUCACAUGUUUCUUCUUGCUUUAUUAAUUAAUGUAUAGCAGAGAUCCAGAGCCUAAAUAUUCCUUUAGAGUGGGAUAGCGUCAUAUCAUUUACAAAUUUGAAUCAUGGGUAAUGUGGAAGAAAGGCACAAGAAGUACUGAAGUUUCAACUAUUGAUAAACUCUGCAGCGUAUCAUCUAGUUUUAAUGGAAAAGGAAAGGCAGAGUCAUGUUAAAAUCUAAUUUACUGAUGGGGUUUAACAAUUACAAAAUACUGUAAAAUGCCAUACUUUACAUUUUUAUGUUUACAUUUUUGGCUUUUACUGGGUAAAUAUUUUAUACUGUUUAGAAGAAAAGACUGUUGAGGUUAAGUGCUGUUGUGCAAAGCUUUUAAUAAAUCAAUUUUCCACCUGUU